CCCUUCCCGCUGCCCACGGGCGAUCCGCCGGGCGCGCCUCGUCCCCCGGGCCGCCGACCCCCGGCCCCGGGCUCUCCCCCCCUUCUCCUCCUCCUCCUCCUUCUCCUCCUUCUCCUCUCCCCUUCCCCUCACCCUCCCCCUUCCUGGCCGGGCUGCGCCCCCCCGGCCGGCCCCGGCAUGAGCAUCUCCAUCCCGGCGGGGCUGACGGAGCUGCUGCAGGGCUUCACGGUAGAGGUGCUGCGGAGCCAGCCCGGGGACCUGCUGGAGUUUGCCCUCCAGUACUUCGGGCGCCUCAAGGAGGAGGCGGCGACGGCCAAGGAUGCGGCGGAGAAGGAGCCGAGCGGCCGCAGAGCGGGCACCGGCCAUGACAGGGGCGCUCAGCCGCCGCGCCGGGGCCCCCCCGACGCCCGCGGGGUCAACUUCGCCGAGGAGCCCAUGCAGACCGACUCCGAGAGCGGCGAGGACGAGCAGCCGCCGCCGCCGCCGCCGCCGCAGCAGUUCCCGGCUCCAGCGGUAAACCGAUUCACCAGACGUGCGUCAGUGUGUGCAGAAGCUUACAAUCCUGACGAGGAAGAGGACGACGCAGAAUCUAGGAUUAUUCACCCCAAAACAGAUGAUCAGAGGAACAGGCUGCAGGAGGCGUGCAAGGACAUCCUUCUUUUUAAGAACCUGGACCCGGAACAGAUGUCUCAGGUGUUAGAUGCAAUGUUUGAAAAGAUGGUUGAAGGAGGGGAACACGUAAUUGAUCAAGGGGAUGAUGGUGACAACUUCUACGUCAUUGACAGAGGUACAUAUGAUAUUUAUGUAAAAUGUGAUGGUGUUGGGAGGUGUGUUGGCACCUAUGAUAACCGAGGAUGUUUUGGUGAGUUGGCCUUAAUGUACAAUACACCCAGAGCAGCUACAAUUAUAGCUACCUCUCCUGGUUCCAUCUGGGGUUUGGAUAGGGUAACAUUCCGGAGAAUCAUUGUAAAAAAUAAUGCCAAAAAGAGAAGAAUGUAUGAAAGUUUUAUUGAGUCAUUGCCAUUCCUUAAAUCUUUAGAAGUAUCUGAGCGUUUAAAAGUGGUUGAUGUGAUUGGUACCAAAGUGUACAAAGAUGGAGAACAAAUCAUUGCUCAGGGUGACUUGGCUGAUUCUUUCUUUAUUGUGGAAUCUGGAGAAGUAAGGAUUAUAAUGGCAAGGAAGGGUAAACAAGAUCUAGAAGAGAAUGGAGCAGUAGAAAUAGCUCGAUGCUCAAGAGGACAGUAUUUUGGAGAACUUGCUCUUGUAACUAACAAACCCCGAGCUGCUUCUGCCUUUGCUCUUGGCACUGUCAAAUGUUUAGUUAUGGAUGUGCAGGCAUUCGAAAGGCUUUUGGGACCUUGUAUGGAAAUUCUGAAAAGAAACAUUGCAAACUAUGAAGAGCAGCUAGUUGCUCUGUUUGGAACAAAUAUGGACAUUGCUGACACCAGUGCAUGAACUAAACAUUGGAGCAACAAGAUCUGUUAUGAGAAUAUAGCACAGUAGUGGUUAGUCCACUGAAAAAUUGUCUCUCUUCCUAUAGACGCCAAGCAUUUUCUGUGAUUUUAAGAAUGGGAUUGGGGUUUUUUGGUUUGGUUUGCUUUUGGUUGGGUGGUUCUUUUGUUUUUGUUUGUUUUGUUGUUUUUUUUAUUAAUUAUGACAGUGGAAAUACUAGUAAAGAAAAUAGCAAUUCAAUAAAUUGAGGUCUUGAUUUUUAAAAGUGCUCAGUACUUAUGGUUCCAUCUGAUAUAAGGACAGCCUGUGGUAGCACAGCACCUUUGAAAAUCAAGUCCUUUAACACAGCAUUUCCUUAAAGAAUAGAUUUUUUAAAAAACCCCACAUGUGAUGAACUUGUUAAACCAACUUCUGUUCUUCUAAAAGGUUACAUCUUUUCUGGAAAGACUGUUAGUUCGAAUGUGAUAUGUUGAAAGUAUUAGUGCACACAAAGUGUUUAUAUGUAUUACUACAGAAGAUAUACAGUAGAUAUUACUUUUUGACUAUUACGGUUGUCAUGAUUUUAUGUUGCAUUUAUCACAGAUGUAGUGAAUCACAAGGUUAAUCAUAAGAUAAAGCAUGACAAUGCGUUUUGUGUAACGCUCAUGACCCAAAUCUGGUUUUUUAACAUUUUGUAAUUGUUUUAAAGUCCUCUUUGUUUAAUAUGUCAUGUUUCAGCACGACAUUGUAAUAUCUUAUGCAAUUUAGAGGACUUGCAUAUUUUUGCAAUAAACUGCAUUUUUUAUUAGUUAUAUGAAUUCUGUACAUGAGUGAGGACAGCUGACAACCUAAAUGCUUUUAAAGCAAAGGCAUGGGUCAUUGUCAUGUUCUACCUAAUCAUACAUAACCUAUAUUGUUUUCCUUCUCCCUUGUUUUAUAUUUAUGCAUUUUGUCUUCUCUAUUUAUGCUUGUUCUCUAGUUAAUUUUUUCUUUUAGAUCUCACCUUUUUUAUUGUUAAAUCUGUUUCAAGUGAAAUGAUCUCUGUAUAUCUCUCUUCCUGCAGUCUAAUCUUAGCUAUCAAAGGUCAGAGUCAAUUACUGAAGUGAUUGAUAUCAAAAGCCAUGCUAAACUAAGCUUGUCCUUGAAAAUCCUUAACAGGAAGUGCAAAAGUAUUUUUAAUUUGAAAGAUCAGUACUUCCAAAGCUUUGCACACAUGUGUCAUUAUUAAAGCUAACGUGUCUUGCUUUCAAAAACCUGUAGGUCAUCAUGAAAUAAUGUGUUCAGCCAUAUUAGCAUGGGAUACCUUCUGAGACUGAGGAGAGAGAAUAUCUUAAUCAUGAGCACAGGGCUCAUUGCCUACGAGGGUCUGUGACUGGAAAUUUCAGGCACAGCCCAAUUUCAGUCCUGCUUACUGACCUGUCUGUUGGUGUUCAUGGACAGCCAGUGUGUGCUGGUGAUGGGCAGCUCUGCCAAAAUGACACUGCAAGAGUAGUAGGAAGGCUGCUUCUGCCCUGAUUCAAACACCUGAAUUAUACCAUCUUUCCUUCUUAGAUAAUGACUUUUCUAAUGCCACAUAUUUGUGUAUGUUGAUGUAAUCAUUAUGCUACAGUUAGUGAUAUGUUCUGACAAUUAAUAUAAUCAUACAUGUAUAUGAAAUUAUGAUUAUAUAAUAUGAUAACAAUAUAUAAUUUAUAUCAUAUAGUAUGGUAUAAAUUAUAAAUCAGAUUUCUAAAAAAAUACAAUCUGAACAAAAUUUACAAAUGUAAUUUUUUUUUUUUACUUAGAAACCUGGUAUGAAUAAUUGCACAUAUGAUAACUUGCCUUUGUACUUUUGAUUUAUGGGAAAAAGAGAAGCCUGUUAUACUAGAAGGAAAUAUCAGGUAACCAAGAUCUACACUCUUGUCAUUCUGUAUGCUUAAUCUCUAAAAGCUACCUAUAUUUUGCACUGGCUUGAUGUGAUUAAGAAAAAUGCUAAAAAUUACUUGUAUGGCAGUAAACUACAAUCAAGGCCAUAAAUGCCAGUCAUGAUAUUUUCAAUAUUGUUGGUUAUAUUUAAAGUUUCCUUACAAUAAACAACACUUUUAUAUAUAAAAA